AUGGCCGACAACAAGCCUCUGUGCACGAUUACCACGCCCGAACCGUCACCCAAGCGUCGAAAGAUCUCUGCCGAGGAGAAAGAAAAGAUGCGACUUGAAAAGGAACAGAUCAAGAAGCAGAAAGAGGAAGAGCGAGAGCAGCUUCGAAGACAGAAGGAAGAAGAGAAAGAGCUACUGAGAAAGCAGAAAGAGGAGGAGAAGGAACAACUGAGGAAACAGAAGGAGGAGGAGAAGAGGGCUAAAGAGGAGGAGAAACGACGACGAGAAGAGGAACGAAAGAAGGCUGCCGAAGAGAAGGAGCUUGAGCGAGCCAAGAUUGCAGAGGAGAAGGCUAAGUUGGCUGAAGAGAAGGAGGCCAAGAGACUUGAAAAAGAAGCUGAACUCAAGAAGAAGGAGCAAGAACAGACUCGAAUCAUGUCUUUCUUUAACAAGAAGACCAAAAAGAAGACCAAGAAGGAAGCUGUUAACAGUGACAAGUGUUUGGACUUUGAUAAAGACUUCCUACCCUUCCACAUCAAAGAUACCGUGUGUAUGGCAGACAAGACGGAGUGUGAAGUGAUGGAUCAGGAUCCUGUUGACUGGCUCAACAGUCUCAACCUUUCUGAUGACAGCAACACCGCCGAAGCAGAAGAACCACCUGUUCCCGUCAAAACCAUCAUUACUCACAUCCAGACCGCUGCCACUCUGGGUCUCAAUCCUGAUAAUUACAACGGUACUCCUUUAGACACGCUGGUCAAUGCUCUUCCUAGACGAUACUUGCAGUUCUAUGGUGACGAGCGACCCGCAUACCUGGGCACGUACUCCAAGAGCUGCUCGCGUGAUCUGUUGCAGAACCCUCUCUUCCAGGUGCCUGGUUUGGACUACGAGUACGACAGUGAGGCAGACUGGGAAGAUGAAGGAGAAGAUAUUGAAGAUGAUGAAAUUAGUGGAGACGAGGAGAUGGAGGACGACGAAAUGGCCGACUUUGUGUGUUCUGAUGAUGCCAAGAGUCCCAGCACCAUGACUUCAAAGGUCACGACAGCCCAGGAACCUGUUGUUGUCUGGGGCUGCUCAGAUAUGGUUGGUAUGACUUUUGGAGGACUGAUUGUCCAGGGGGCAAUUGACCCAUUCAAAGACUAUUGGACUGUUGCAAAAGUUGAGCAGAAGACCGAUACUAAGAGUGACGUGACAAUGACUAGUGCGACAUCAGCUUCUGGUACAGCUAUUAAAUCUACUACAACCAAAACCGAACUCAGCCCGUUUGAAGUCCUCUCCAAAACUCUGUCACCUUCCCCAGCGGUUGCUUCAGCCACGAAACAGUUUCUGGCUGCUGCCAAGCCUCAGAAGCUCAUUGCUGGAGACGACCUGACUGCUCUUUUGAAGCGAGUAGAUGGAUCCGACGAUAACAAGACGCUGUUGACCGAGCUGCUUUGUAAGCAGUAUCCCCAGUACACACGCAAGAUGGUCACGGCCACCAUUCAGCACUAUGCUGAGCGACAGGGUCCUAAGAGCGACAAGCGGUGGGUUCUGAAGGAUAUCUAG